AUGAGGGGUAUCCGACCGCAACCAAUCCACCUCCCCGCGCUUUACCUCCGGCCCCAGCCGCCACGACUAGCUUACAUCCCGAAAACACCAAUGAGUUCAAAGCGAGAGGACUCCAUUCCACAUGAGCUGCGCACGGCAGCCGAGCCCCGGCAGAACAAAUUGUACCCGGUGCAUCUGACUCAUGUGGAGCAAGUGAACCGAUCGAUUCGGCUCCUGCACUUUACUAUUCCAGGCCCAGAGAACGGUGAUCAACGACAGCCCUUCUCGUUUCUCCCGGGUCAGUGGCUAGACGUGCAUAUUCCAUCUAUACCCAACGCCGGCGGGUUCACCAUCACUUCUACUCCGGCAGACGCCCAGGCCUUACCGUCAUUGGAUGAUCUAGAGGCUUCAAUCGCGACAGAGAACGUAGCUGCAUCACUUGUCUCGCAGGGUCGAGCCCCAUACGUGGAACUAGCAGUCCAGGACUCACCAUCCAACCCAGCAGCUGCGUGGCUGUGGAGGCCCCAGUACGAGAUCAUCGGAAAGAAAGUGAACAUCCGAGUAGGGGGAAGCUUCGUCUGGCCACCGACUGGGAUCGAUGUCCACGAGAUCAAGAAUGUGGUCUUAAUUGCCGGCGGCGUAGGGAUCAACCCCCUGAUCUCUAUAAUCUCUCAUAUCAACCAGACCAAGACCAAGCAUCCACUCAAUGUUCAGAUCUUAUACUCCAGUCGACUUCCUGAAGGCCAGGAAACUGAAACAUAUGAGUCUGUCCUGGAGCAAAUUCUGUUUCUUCCACGAAUACGACACAUCAUUCGUUCCCAGGGUCCAUCCUCUCAACUAAAAAUUAGUCUGGACGUGUUUCUCACUUCUGCGUCCACGAGUCAAUUUCCCUCGGAGUCCCCUGCCGAUUUGAACAUCCAUCUGAGACGAGUAAGCGAACAAGAUCUACGCUCAGCACUUGUGGGCGGGAGAAACAAGCUGGAUCCACAACACACUGUGGCUUAUGUCUGUGGACCGCCAGCCAUGACUGAUGACCUGGUUGAGAAACUCCAAGGCAUCCUGGGGGAUGAGCCACAGAGAGUAUUUUUCGAGAAAUGGUGGUAA